AUGCUUCAAUGGAAUUGUCGUAGUGUUGGCAAAAAAUAUAAUUUUUUUAACGAGGCAUAUAAGUACGAUAUAAUACUGUUAAUCGAAACAUGGUUAGACAAUACCAAAUCAUUUAAGUUGAAAGGUUUUAACACCAUUAGAUUUGACCGAAAAGCUGGCGAAGGUGGCGGUAUAGCCAUUCUUGUAAAAGAAAACAUAUUUUAUGACAUAGCAGAAAUUGAAUAUACGGGUAAAGUAUUUGAAACUGGAUCUGUGAUAGUUAAAACUAACUCCGAAAAAUUGUUAAUUAUGGCGUGUUACAGACCUCAGCAAGUAAACAAAGCUCAAAACAAUUUAACCUCCGGUGAAUGGAACAACUUUAUAGAAUCAAUUAUUAAUCACGACUCCACAUAUUUUAUUGUAGGAGGAGAUUUCAAUGCCCACCACUCCCUUUGGGGUAGUGAUAAACAUUGCCCCAAUGGCAAUAUCAUUGCCGACAAUUGCUCAAUAAGAGAUUGCCUAGCUUGCAAAUCCAACAAAUCCCAUCAGGAUGAUAAAAACAUUUCUCUGCAAAACAAAUAUAAAAAAACGGGUCACAAAUGCAUCUGGUGGAACGACCUUUGCGACAAAGUAACGAGACAAAAAAAAGCUGCGAUAAAGUCAAUUAGCUAUAGGUACACGUUAGAAAAAUUCAUAGAGGUUAACAGACUCGAUGCCAACUUGACUAAAACUCUGCGAGAAGAGAAAAAAAAAUCCUUCGAUUCAUUCUGUGCUAAAGUCAAUCCAAGGACAAGGCCCUAUGAUUUUUGGAGAACGGUUCAUAUAUUUAAUAACAGUUUCAAAGAAAUAGAUGUGCAAUCAGGGAACAUUAAAACUGAAUCGAAUAUGAUAGAUUUAAUUGACGAACUCAGUUCUCCUAAAACUAUAGGCACCAACGCCUUGGACGACUUGAAUAAUUUGAGUGGCGAUAAUGGCCAGGAUAAUGAUGCUAAAGUCUUAGACAACCCAUUUUCUUACGAAGAGCUCCAAUACGUCUUGAACAGCGUCAAUGUAAAAUCUGCGCCCGGGCUGGACAAAAUAACAUACGAAAUUAUAGCUGAAUUACCGGAAUUCUACCAGAGAGUUUUGCUCGAUUUAUACAAUGACAUUUUCCACCACCAAACAUUCCCGGAGGAUUGGAAUAACUAUUUAGUUAUAUUCAUUCCUAAGGGUAAAUCUAACAAAGUCAGACCUAUCUCCCUGGCCUCGUGUAUGUUAAAGAUUAUGGAGAAACUAAUAAAAGAAAGGCUCCAAUGGUGGCUGGAAAAGCAUGACGUUUUGUCUCCAUCUCAAUUCGGAUUUCGGAAAAACAAAUCUUGCAUAGAUAACCUAAGCAUUCUUACCUCAGACAUUCAAAAAAACUUUUUCACUAAAAACACAACUACAGCACUAUUUCUCGACGUUAAAGGCGCAUACAAUGACGUUGUUCCAGACAUUAUAAUUGAUGAUCUCAUUGAAAUCGGCCUUACAAAAAAGAUCAUUGUGUUUAUAAAAAACUUAAUUUUUGAAAGAAAAGUUACAUUUUGCACCUUCACGAAAAUUAUAGAAAAAAUAGUAAACAAAGGGUUACCCCAAGGUAGCGUACUCAGCUGCUUACUUUAUGCAAUUUAUACUAGGAAAAUAAACCAAAUUAUUAAAAAACCUCUAGCCGUAUUGGAAUUUGCUGACGAUGUGGUUGUCUAUAACAACUUUAAAUCUGAUUGUGUAGAUCAAGUUGGCAUCCUUGAAGAAGGGGUCCGUGACGUCGUUACCCUUUUGAAAAACAGAGGUCUAGCGGUCGCUCGUGACAAAUGCAUAUUGAUGGUUUUCGAAAAUUCGAGGAAACGAACCGAUGAAGGUAUAGAGCUAAAAAUUGAUGAUGCGAUCAUAGAACCGUCCGAAGAUGUCAAAUUUUUAGGGAUGAUCCUAGAUCGUCGCCUUACUUGGCGCAAACAUGUAGACAACUUGAUUCGUAGAUGUAAAUUUAGUCUCAGGAUAUUAAGUUUUUUAAGAUCCACCUGGUGGGGUGCGGAUCCGAGGUCUCUGCUUUUGUUAUAUACUGCCCUGAUAAGAUUAAAAAUAGAAUACGGAGGAUUUAUUAUGUCUCCCUGCAAUGACAAACUUUUUAAAAAACUACAAAAGCUACAAAAUUCAGCUCUCAGAAUAGCUAUGGGAUACAUGAAUAGUACUCCAAUUAACGUAAUGAUUGCCGAAUCUAAAAUCCCGUAUUUGCAAAACAGAAUCGAAUUUAAUUGCCUAAAAUACAUCCUAAAAUGCAUGGCCUCCAAUCAAACGAAAAUCAUUAAUAACCUCGAAGAUAUAAUCCAACUCGCUGACUAUUUCUCUGUUCACAAUAAUUUCAAAAUUUCACUCAUGGCCAAAAGCUACGACAAAAUCUGGUUUUUAAGGGAUUCCAUUAUUAGUACGCAAAAACAUAUGAGGUAUACUCGAGACUAUAAUUACCUGCUAUAUAAAUCAAACAUUUUUACAGAUUUUUCUAAAAAAAUACCUGAAGGAGAAGAUCCAAAUAAAUUUUUUAACGAUAUGUACCCUGUAGACAAAAAUAAUACCUACAUUUUCACGGACGGUUCUAAACUAGAUGAAAACGACAAAUCAUUUGUCGGUUUUGCGUCUUGGAGCAAGGCUCCCGAAUUUUGUAUAUCAAAACGUAUAUUAGAUUCAGCAUCCAUUUUUACAGCUGAAUGCUCUGCUUUAAUCACUGUUAUCCAAAGAAUAAUCGAAAUAGGUCAUGGGAACUACACUAUUUUCUCCGACUCGGAAAGUGCACUUAAAGCUAUAAAUUCAGACCGCUGUGAUUCUCCCCUUAUAAUUGAUCUAAAGUGUAAACUCGCCUAUGCGCAUAUUGUUAAUAUAGACAUUAAGUUAGUUAGAAUACCUGCACACGUGGGAGUGCAAGGUAAUGAAAUAGUCGAUUCCCUAGCCAAAGAUGCAGCCAAAAAUGGGGUAUUAUUGGACAAUCCAAUACCCGUUUCGGACUUUUUCUCCAAAUAUAAGAAAGAAUAUAAAAAGGAAAAUGAGAACUUGGCUCUCCAGUUAAGCUCUACAAAGGGUACUUUCUACUUUAAAAAUUUUUACAGAGAUCAAGCCAAACCCUGGUUUUUUGAUCUAGGGCUACCAAGAAAAGCCAUUGUAUCUAUAAAUAGAAUUAGAAGUAAUCAUUCAUCUCUGAAUAGUAGCUUAUUCCGCAAAGACAUAGUACUAAAUAAAAACUGCGAAUGUAACUCAUCUGAAGACUCGGUAGAACACAUUUUUUGGGAAUGCGAACUGACACACCUUCCGAGGAAAAAACUCCUCAAGGAAAUUAGAAAAAUGUAUAAAUAUGGACCAUACUCCGCUAUAUCCUUAUUAGCGUCUAACGAUAAAAAUGUUAUCGGUGCUAUAGCUGAAUUUCUAGAAAUCAUAAAAAUAAAAGUAUAA